GUACAAGGAUUCUUGGAAGUUCCGAUGAUCCCCAAAAUAUAAGGAGUUGUAAUUCACCUUUUUAUGUUUUUUUCUUCCCUUUUUCUUACUUUUUUUUUUUUUUUUUUUUUUUUUAAUAUAUACCUACCUUUUUCCUUUAUUUAUCCCCAUCAAAUUUUAUAAUAUAAUAUGGGUGGAAAUAUUUCACGCGAUCCACCUACUGGAAGUAGAAAGAAAUCGGGAUUUCGAAAUAAUUCGACAACAGCCUCUACGACAACCACCGCCGUAACAACCGCCUCCGCCAACACCGAAGAAAAAAAAGUAAUGAUACAAAAGCCAACAAAGAGAACGAUUUAUGGAAGGGCUUAUCACGCUAACGAGGAUAGUACGUAUAUGCUGCCGAGAGACGACAGAGAGAUUGAUAGAUUACAUGAGGAGCACUUUAUUACAAAGGAACUACUGGGAUUUAAUAUCAUGUCAGAAGCAUUGAAAGUCAUUGAUUUUCAAACAGGUGGGCUGGACAUAUUAGACGUCUGUUGUGGUCCUGCAACAUGGCUAUGUGAAACUAGUUUGGAAUAUCCUAAUUGUCAUUUUGCCGGCAUCGAUAUGUGUAGUCUUUGGCCACAAGUCAUUCGGCCUGUAAAUCUUAGUUUUACUGAAGCGGAUGUAUUACAAGGAUUGCCUUAUCCCGAUAAAAGCUUUGAUUUUAUUCAAAUGAGGUUCGUGGUGCUUGCUUUUAAAUCUAAUGAAUGGCCAUUUAUUAUAUCUGAAAUUAAACGUGUUUUAAAAGAUGGCGGUUGUUUCCAAUGUAUUGAAUUAGAUAUGCGGAUUACCACGUCGGAUACAGUGGUGAAGAGUUAUACAGAAGCUUUCGAAUCUUUUUGUGCUUCAUUUGGCCUAGAUGCUUCAAUAGGUGCCAAACUAGAUUUAUUACUGACGAACGAUGAUGGAGGAGGCGGAACAGAAAAUGAAUUGAGAAUUUUACAAAGCGAAUACCGAGAAAUACCACUUGGAUGGGGUGGUCCUAUUGGUGAUGCCUAUAUUCAAACGUUCCAAGGUGCUCUUGAUGGGUUAUCGCCUUGGCUGAAACAAUCACUGAAUAUCACAGACCACCAAGAUUAUGAAUCCUUAAUGAAAAAAACAACUCAAGCCUUAAUUCAAUCAAAGUCCUUUAUGGGUUUAUAUGCUUUCUUGUUACAGAAACCAUUAAACUAAUAUCUACUCCCUUUACUCUAUUUAUUCCCUGUAAUUUAUUUCUUUUUUCUUAAAAAAUCAAACCUAUUCCAAAAAACAUCACAAGCAUAACUUUUGUACAAUGGUAACAUUGUAACCUUAUACAGACCGGAGUUCUCUGCUCGAUUUCAUGUUUCAUUACGACAAUAAUUGUCGAUUCCAGAAGUCUCAAGGGACUCUUACUUUUAUGAAAUAGCUAAAAAAAUAGAUAGUCAGUCUAAGCACGAAUUGACACUAAAAAACAAUUGAUUAUGUAUUUAUUCUCAGCUACAAUCACGCAUGUAAAGAGUGAGAGAUCUGAUAUGAACAUUACAUAUCUGUUUAGAGAUACGAUGACGUACAUGAAACCUUCUUUUUUAUAAAACUUCUUGAUUCACAC